AGGAGCGGGGCGCCGCCGGUGCAGCAGCAUGAGGCGGGUCACGCUGUUCGUUAACGGCAGCCCGCGGAACGGGAAGGUUGUAGCUGUGUAUGGGACUUUAUCAGACUUGCUGUCUGUGGCUAGUAAUAAGCUUGGCAUAAAAGCAACUAGUGUUUACAAUGGAAAAGGUGGACUCAUUGAUGAUAUCGCCUUGAUUAGAGAUGAUGAUGUCUUGUUUGUCUGUGAAGGGGAACCAUUCAUUGAUCCUCAGACUGAUAUGAGGCCUCAUGAAGAACUAACAGGAUCACACACAGAUUGGUUAACGCUCAAUGUUGGAGGCCGAUACUUUACAACUACACGGAGCACUUUGGUCAAUAAGGAACCUGACAGUAUGUUGGCUCAUAUGUUUAAGGAUAAAGAUGCUUGGGGAAAUAAGCAAGAUCAUAGAGGAGCAUUCCUAAUUGACCGCAGUCCAGAGUAUUUUGAGCCAAUCCUGAACUAUUUGCGUCAUGGACAGCUCAUUGUAAAUGAUGGCAUUAAUUUGCUAGGUGUUUUGGAAGAAGCCAGAUUUUUUGGUAUUGAUUCAUUAAUCGAACAUCUAGAAAUAGCUAUUAAGAAUUCGCAGCCAGCUGAGGAUCAUUCUCCUAUUUCUCGAAAGGAGUUUGUCAGAUUCCUGCUGGCAACUCCGACCAAGUCUGAGCUGCGAUGUCAGGGUCUCAAUUUUAGUGGAGCGGAUCUUUCCCGUCUAGAUCUUCGAUACAUAAACUUCAAGAUGGCUAACCUAAGCCGUUGCAACCUAGCACAUGCCAACUUAUGCUGCGCCAAUCUUGAAAGAGCUGACCUCUCUGGAUCAGUGCUUGAUUGUGCAAACCUCCAGGGGGUAAAGAUGCUGUGCUCCAAUGCAGAAGGAGCAUCUCUAAAAGGGUGCAAUUUUGAAGAUCCAUCAGGCCUUAAAGCUAAUUUGGAAGGGGCUAACUUGAAAGGUGUUGACAUGGAAGGCAGUCAAAUGACAGGAAUUAAUCUAAGAGUUGCAACACUGAAAAAUGCAAAACUAAAAAACUGUAAUCUUAGAGGAGCAACUUUGGCAGGAACUGAUUUGGAAAACUGUGACCUGUCGGGUUGUGAUCUACAAGAGGCUAAUUUGAGGGGAUCUAAUGUAAAAGGAGCUAUCUUUGAAGAGAUGCUGACACCUUUGCACAUGUCUCAGAGUGUUAGAUAGGGAAGAGCACUUGCUAUAGAAGAAGCAAUCAAAACACUUAUUGUGACUUUGUUCACCUGCUCCCCUUAUUAAGUUAGAAGCAAUGUUUAUUAGACAACUUAUAUUUGCAGUAGUGCCUAAGUAAACUCUUCUCUGAUCACUUUUAGAGGAAGGAACUUUUAUUUAAGAGAGAAAUAGAUGCGGUUUCUGCCUUUGUGAAUAGAGUGAGGAAGUGGGCUGGUUCUAGAACCAGAAUGUGUGGCUUUAUUUUUUUUAUAGAUUCAUUGUUUAGCAUUGCCUCACUUUGGAAUGCAUUUUAAUUUAUAAAGCACAAUAUAUGCAAUUCUAUUUAUUAAAUCUGUAGCUGCAAUAUAAAUAGAAAAUGUUAUUCAUGUAUAGUAGCAAAAAAAAGUUGAGGUUUACAGUUAGAUUAGUUUAUCUACAGUUAGUUUCUUCAUUCAUGCACAAUGUAUUAAAUGACAAAUGUGGUUGAGACAAUGUCCACAGGACACUUUCAGGUACUCUUUUGAGGUGAAAACAGUAGUUAACAGUAGUCAUGAGUAAUGUAUUGCCUUGUAGUUUGUAUUCAGGUAUAGAACAGCUCUAUCAUGUUCUAAAAUGCACAGUGGAAGUCUCUUCCACUGAAGAGAUUGCAUUUUAAAAAAGCAAACCUUUAUAUACACAGCAGAUUGUUAUAACUAAAAUAACCCUGUUCAAAAAUUGGAUGGCUUUUUAAAAUCCUUUCCAAAUUAGUGUGGAAUUGCAUUAUCAUACCUGGUGAGAAAAAUACUAUUGCUCUCAAAUAUCCUUGCCACUCCCAAGCUUGAGUACCUCUAGAUUUUUUUUGUUCUUAGUGGGCAAUUAAAUGUAAAUGUAAAUAGAAUAAAAUAAUCUACUGUCACCAAAGUAGAGAUAAGCAGUGGGGCCACAGCAUGUACGGCUUCCUCCCUGUCAUUGUUCCACUAUAUGGAUGAAUGGCACCUGCUUCCCUCAAUGUACUAUGCAAAUACACAUGCACACUGAAUCCUUGAAAGCAUGGGCAUAAUAACCCUUUGUCAGCCAAAUCUUAUAUUCCUCUUCAGGCCUGCUUAAAGUUGCUGUGGAAGCCUCUUGCAUGGGGGAAAAGCCCCUUUUUACAACUGCUUUACUUGUGAACAAAUGGGGAACUGCAUGACUUCUGCAGUGCAGAAAGUAGUGCACUUCAUUUAAUAAGCUAUUCCCACUGUAGUAUCAAUCUAGGAGCUUUCAUCUAACAACUUUUAUUUUACACACAAUCAAAAAGCACAUGAAGAAACUAUACCAAAAAAAAGGUGCAUCAAGAACUCUUACCUCAGAUGCUUACUCAAGAUACCCCAAAGUUGAAACUAACCUUGAAUCUAAGGAAGUACAGCUAUUACUGGAAGUUAAGAACAAGUGUAUCCUAACACUUAAGACUGUGACACUGUUAGCAGUGGUUUGAAUUUCCACAGCUACUUCAGUGGGUUGCCUUUUACUUCUUGCAGUAUAGGUUUACUGCCCUCUGAACAGAAGUUGUAUUGGCUGAAUAGUAACUAAGAAAAUGCUGCUUUGCCAUUAAUCUAGAAACAUUAGUUUAAGAACAAUAUAUGAUUUCUAUGGGGGAAUUGCAGGAUUCUCCCUUAUUUUCAAGUUGGGUUGACUCAGGCAUAUCAUGUGAACUGCUGGGAUUCAAAAUUCCACAGCCGUGUGGUUCAGAAUUGUUCUUGUUGUUUUCAGAUUUCCAGGCCUCCUGAUCUAAGACAACACUGGGUCCUUGGUAAAAUACAUCUGUAUGUUCAAGGGAAAUGUUUCAUUGGGAUUUCUGGAGUCUUUUCUUCCACAUCAUCACUUUCAUUAAGAGCGGUGUGUAUGUUGUAGAGGGAAAAGAUUCCUAGGGCUAGAGAAAUAAAUGACUUAUUUUUCUUUAUCAUAUUUUGUAGCUGGCAGAAAUAAAAUAUUGUAUGGAAAAAAUCUAUUUUCAUAAUCACUGUGUAUAAAAUAUAUUUGAACUUUCACUGAAGCACUAUGUUUUGAAUAAUCACAGCAUGUGACAUUGUUCAUUCACAUACAAAUUUAAGGUACCUCUUUUCCUAUGACAAAGCUGUAUGACAAGCCUAAAGUGGCCUAUUCAGAAAUUGCAGGUUCCUGCUUAAUUUAAACUGCAUUAAUAAAAGUGUAAAAUAUAAAAA